AAAGGAGCAGAGCAUCCUUUUCUGUUGUUCUCUGUCCUCAAGGCAGUGCGUAAAGUUGGUACCCAUCGGGCGUGUCUAUGGACCCACCCCUAAUGUGCGUGUGGGGGGGAUGUGCUUUUAUUAUUUAGAGCAUCUACAAAAAAAACUCUCAAGUAUCAAGUCCAGACGAGGCGCAGAAGAAGAAAAAGGAGGGGACACUAGACCAGAGCAGGCAAUGCGGUUAUUUCUUUCUCUUUUGUGGCCAUUAGCAGGUUAAAUCCUAAAAGAAGAUGUCUUGAACAUGCUGGACAUUAUUUUUUAGCCCAUUUAGUGGUGCUUUUCUGCAUUUUUUUAAACCGGCGAUUAAAUUUCACAAACGAAGAUGAAAUUCCCAAUAGAAACCCCAAGAAAACAAGUUAACUGGGAUCCAGAACAAGUGGCAGUCCAGACCAACUUGGUCCCUCCCAAGAAGGCCCAGCCCGGCAUGGUGAAGUCCAGCCUGGUCCAGGCCAGCGUGGCCACCAUGCAGAACCCCAUGGGUUGCGAGUCCAAGGCCAACGGUCACUGCGCACUCCCUCGCCUCUCCAUCUCCUCGCGCUCGGCCAGCGUGGUGGCAAGCAUGGACGCCAGCUGCGACGGCUCGACGGGGGUGGCCGCGCUCCACUCGGUCAUGAAGUGGAAGACCGUGCUGGCUGUGUUUGUCGUGGUGGUCCUGUACCUGGUGUGCGGAGGUCUGGCGUUUAGGGCACUGGAGCAACCGUUUGAGAGUGACCAGAAGACAAGCAUCACCAUGGAGAAGGCUUCUUUCCUGGCUAGACAUCCAUGUGUCACCCCUGAUGAGCUGGAGGCUCUCAUCAAGCAUUCCAUCGAUGCCGUGAGUGCCGGCGUGAGUCCCAUUGGAGACACGUCCUACAAUUCCAGUUAUUGGGACCUGGGCAGUGCCUUCUUCUUCGCUGGAACGGUCAUCACAACCAUCGGUUAUGGAAACAUCGCUCCCAGCACGGAGGGCGGGAAGAUCUUCUGCAUCCUUUACGCCAUAUUCGGCAUCCCGCUCUUUGGCUUCCUGCUGGCCGGGAUCGGAGACCAGCUGGGCACCAUCUUUGUUAAAAGUAUCUUGAGAGUGGAGAAGAUCUUCAGGCAAAAACACAGACAGAUCAGCCAGACAAAGAUACGGGUGACAUCCACCAUCCUCUUCAUCUUCGCUGGUUGUAUCGUCUUCGUCACCGUCCCGGCUGUCAUCUUUAAACACAUCGAGGGCUGGACCACGCUGGAGGCCAUCUACUUUGUGGUCAUCACUCUCACCACAGUGGGAAUAGGCGACUAUGUGGCGGGUGGAAACCGCAGGAUUGAGUAUAUGAAGUGGUACAAGCCACUGGUGUGGUUCUGGAUCUUGGUGGGUUUGGCCUACUUUGCGGCCGUCCUCAGCAUGAUUGGAGACUGGCUUCGAGUGCUGUCCAAAAAGACAAAAGAAGAGGUUGGAGAGAUCAAAGCUCACGCAGCCGAAUGGAAGGCGAACGUCCGAGCAGAGUUCCGAGAGACGCGGCGGCGCCUGAGUGUGGAGAUCCAUGACAAGCUCCAGCGGGCCGCCACCAUCCGCAGCAUGGAGCGCCGCCAGCUGGGACUGGAGCAGCGGGCCCACUCCUUGGACAUGCUGUCCCCCGAGAAGAGAGCCGUGUUCGCUAGCCUGGACGCGGGGCGCUUCAAGACCUCUUCCCAGGAGAGCAUCGAUACCAAGCUGAACAACCUGCGCCUGAAGGGGGCUUGCGAGCCGUACGAGCACCACGGCGGCGAGCAAACACCGCAGACGUCUUCAUCCUCGGAGGAGAACCUCUUCAACCUGCGCUUUGGGUCGCUGACCAAGCUGGCCAGACGUGGCAAGAACAUCCGGAGGAACAUCCCGGGGGACUCCAGACGUGCUAGCGUCAGCGUUAGCAACGGGAGCGCCGUAGUGGACGAAGAACGGGGCGAGGACAUGGGAGAGGACGGAGAGCUGGAGGAGGAGCCAAAAGAGCGCAACACCAGUUUGAACAACCUAUCGCAGUACUCUGUGGAUCGAGCCAAGCUCAAUGGGUGUAAACAGCGGGAGAACACUGGAGGUUAAACAUGGACGUCCAGAAGGAGUCCGAACCUACUCCAGAAACUGUUUCUAUUCCAGGGCCAAAAAGUGUGCAGGUAUGCUCCCAACUGGUGGAAAAUCAAGGGUGCUUAAGUUGUACCCUUGAGGAGUCCCAUCAAGAUGCCGUUGAAGAAAUGUGCCUUUUUGUUUCCUCAGUUUUCUUUUUGGGAAUCUCAGUCAUCGUGCCACAAAGCCAUGGGAAGAAAAACCUGUUGCCAAAACCACCAAAAGAGACGUACGUCAAGAGGGUGUCGUCUUAAUACCUCACCACGGCAGGCUUUCAUCUCAAUGUUAGCUAGCUUCUGCUCACACAGUUGUUAGCAUUUUCCCACACAAACAAAACAGAGCAAGAAGUCGUCCAUCUUUGCUAUCGACCGGUCUCGUAACGCCGUGUCUAUUUUUAGACUGCUGCUGCUCAUGGCGGACGGAAGGAAAGGGGGCGGAUCAAUAAAAUAAACAAUUACUCACUAAUCACCCACAUUGACAGGAUCUGCAUCUGAAAGAUCUGCUGUAUGAAAUGCGCUUCUUUUGUAACCAAACACAUUCAGAUUGUUUUUAUUAUGUGAUGAAUGAAUGAAUGUGAUGUUUUUUCCCAACUCACAAGCAUGUUUUUACAUAAGUGUCUGUUAUUUUUUUCUUAAAGGUCCCGUAUUAUUCUAUUUUUAAACCAAGUCCCACAAUAGUGUAUUUAAAGCCCCACAACUACAUUUGAUGCUGGAAUUUAGGCUGUUGAAAAGUAAGCCCCGGUGGGAACACGCUGUUUUGUGUGUCUGCAGCUUUAACGCUAACGAGCUGUUUGUCCACAACUUCAAGCACUUUAUCCACUUCUUACACAUACACUAACUCUGCACUUGUCCAAGGAAAUAGAUGCCAUAUAUCACAUACAACAACCUAACAUGAAGGAGCUAGCAACACUAGCAUAGCUAUGUGAGCCACAGUGCCAACAGCGGCGUCACGCUAGGUUAGCCUAUUUGCUGAAGAAAAACAAAAUGAUCAAAUGUACAGCUCCCACGUCUGUAGCUGACUGAUGGAUAGUUGGCAGAGCUUUAGUUUAAGAUGUGUAGCGAAGCUUUUAUUUAUUUAUUUUUUUUACAAAGCUAAGCCUGUCACGAUAACAAAUUUAGCUGGAUGAUAAUUGUCCAACAAAUUAUUGCAGAUAAACGAUGUUAUUGUCAACAUUAUUUUGAGACCAUUUUUUUCAUUAAUGAAAUGAUAAUAUAUGGCAUAAUAAUGCCAGGAUACACCAUAUCAAAAGUAGUAUACUUUAAUUUCUCAAGAGUAUUUAACAUUGUAAUCGGAAUGUCAAGAGGUUUUAAAUAAAAUAAACAAACAAACAGUAAAUAAAAAAAAAACACAAAAAAAACAAAUGAAAAAAGAAUGGACUCCGAGCCUCUUUUAGCAAAAAUUGCAAAUCAAUCACAAUAUUUCUGACUUUGAAUCAAAAAAUGGAGAAAUAACCCAGAAAUACUCUGAAGUUCGCAUUGUGUGUCAAUGCAGACAUCAGCUCAUUUGCAUACACACUUCCUUGAAUCACUUUUAGCAACGUGUGUAGAAUAUGCUGUUUACAUUUAAUGCGGUGUGACAUUGUGUCGGCGCUUGGUUCAUGUUUUGGAUGCAGCAAAAUGCGUUUGGUGCACCACGAGGUGUUGUAUUUCACUGAAAUGUACGGCAGGUUUCAUCGUUUUGUGUUAUUUUUUUUUCACUGUCUUUGUCACAAACUCUUUCAUGUCACAAAUUGACGAUGCGCAAACGGGCUGAAAUUGACAUCAGAUUGCGUUCCAUACGUACACCAAAGGCACAAAGAAAGUAUUCUAUCAUGUGGCACACGACACACACAACUAGCAAGUAGUGCACUCACUAGCACGUAGCUAGGGACAAAGAGGCUGAAUGAUUGACAAGAGGGUUCACUCACUCCGUUCAUUCCGCUACGGAACCAACACGCCUAGGUGUUGAGACAGAUGCACGGAGUGAACCUUCUUGUCAUCCAGCUUGUUUGGUAGAGAGAGAGGUGAAAAAGAAACACGCAACAUAUGGAGGCUGGCAAAAUUAUCAAGUUUUUAUUUAUUGUGCGGUUAAUUGAUUGAUUGAUUGAUUAUCGUGACAGGCCUAAACAAAGCUGUGAGUGAAGUGAUGGACGUGUACACAGGGUGGGCUCAUCUAGCAAGGGGAGGUUUUCCCUUCACUUUUGCAUAAUAGGGGACCUUUAAUGAGUCGAGCACUUGCAUUUUUUAUUCCACUCUAAAAGGAUCACAGUUCAGCACAGUGUUAUGUUUAAUACGGGAUUAGGGGUGGGUGUAAUCUGUCAACAGAGUGCAGUACUUGGCUGCAACCAGCAGAGGUGGUGUUGAUUCACUCUUAACUAGUUUGCAUAAAAAUAUAAACCGAAAUUGGAUUGAUGAAGUCAAAAGUCCGUCAUUACACUGGAAGAUUUUUUUUCAUGUUUUAUUGUGGUACUUUUACUACGGCCAACUACACACAAAUGAAGUUCAAUUUGAUUUGGAUUGUUCCCGUUCCAAAAGUGCAAUUUUCAUCCAAUUUGACUCUAACAGUCAGAACCUCAUCCUGACCAUAUGACCUGUGAUGACCGGUUAUUUGUUGUGAAUAUUUUAUGAGCAUUUCACAUUAAAUGUAUCCAGUGCCUUUUUUGGGUUAAAUAAUAAAGAUGGCAAAAUGAAAUGUAAA